GAAGAUGUAUUGUCCUGGGGGCAAAACACAAUGCUAAGGCCAAGCGAUGGAGCAGCUCACAUGAUUGUGCUGUGACUGUCUUCUGAGGCUAUGGGUGUGUGAAUAUGUGUUUUUUUUUUUUAACUGAUGAGAGCAAGCAUCUCACUGCUCUCAUUGUCCUCCAUGUAAGGCUGAUGAGAAGGACCGGUCCUUGUGCUGCCAUCUGCCUGAGCUUCUCUACCAGGCUCUGGCCAGUGAUCUGGAGGACAAACCUCUACUCGAUGUGGAGCAGGGUGCUGAAAAAUGGAAAGCUGAAAAUUAGGCUGUGAAUAAGGUCCUCUGUCUAAGGAAACUCUUCAGAGCAUCUACAGGGACGGCGGCAUUGUGGAGUUAAAGAAAACAAGCGUUCAAGAGUUCAUACAUAUCAGACCAGACUCGCCACUGGAAUCCACCUCACUGUUGCUCGAAAAACCAAGGAAGUUGUUCUGACUUUCAAAGAACUGAAACACAGCUUCCAUCUGGAUUAUCUGCCAUUGUGAAUACCUAUUACCCAUUGACUCUGUUUGUAACAGAUGGGUUCAGCCUUUAAGAGGUUCUGCAUGCAGUUCUGCUGCUGCUGCUGCUGCGCUGGUGACGAAGACGAUGAAGAUGAAAAGCAGCCUUUAGUACCUCAGGAUCCAUUGGAGUACUUUAACCGGGAAGUCCAGAAGCGCCGUGAUGAGGAGACCAACCUAUGGAGUACGCCAGGAGACCCCAGCCACUCGGAGAGAGAAGAUGACCGGGUCCUUCACAGCCUGCUGCAGGCCAGGAACAAGACCCGCAUGGGAUCCACGGGCUAUCGCCGUCUGAGUGUUGACAUUGAGGCCAUGAGAGAUACCCGUCGAGAAGUCAGAGACAAAUGGCAGACAAUCCUGGAGAAUUUAGGUUUCAUGGCCGAGGCAGAGUCGCUGCUGACAGUGUCUGCUGGAGCCUCACAUGACCGCAUGCGUAACGCCCCGGCGGCACGUGCCAUGCUUAACAUGCUUCACUCUGAGACCUCCAUCUUCAACGUCAGAGAACCACCACCGGAAAGAUAUCUAUUCAUCCUGGAUCGUCUCCUGUACCUUGAUAUCGCUGAUGAUUUUGUGGCAAAGGCAAAGCGCUUCUAUCCCCCAAGGGAUGACUCUGACGAGGAGACCCCGGGUCUUGCCAUAAACCUGCCGCUGCUGCUGGCCAGGGUAGAAGCCUUGAACGGAGCAAGCAAUAUAGAAGAUGAGGAAGAGAGCGGAAGAGAAGAUGGAAACUUGAGUGACAGAUCCUAAGAUCUACUGGCUGCAAUAAUAAUAGACACAAGGCAGGGGGCAGUAGUCAUCAACCCUGGAGACCUGGAUGACAGAAUUGCAUAGCUCUUACCAUUUAAGUGUCUGCUGCCUCAUACAGUGUUGCUGCUGCUUCUUGGAAGUUUUAGCCUGAACAAUUUCUUUCUCCCCCAACUGCAAAGCUUGAGUCUUAUUCUGUUUGCUCUGGUCAAAAACUAAAAGGGCUUAGCAGAUUACCAGGUAAAUGUUACAGAGGUGUUAACUCUCUAAAGUAUGUUUUUCUACCACAGAGUUUUAUCAAGUUCUUACCCUGUUCAUUGCUCAGCUGUUGUGAACCUUCAGGGUAGCGAUGUUCCUCUGAGUCUCUUUAUAUUUUGUCCUAUGAUUAUCAGCACUCAUCUUCAUUCAAUCACAUGAUUUGUAACAACUCUGAAUAAAUAGCCCAGCAAUCUGACAUCAGAUUUUUCUUAAAGUUGAACAAGAAUGUGUGUAUAAUUGAUACUUUUAACUCAUUAAACUCUGCAUUUGGCUUGGAAGAUUUUGGAAAAUAGCAGAUGGAAAUUCAAUGUAGUUGGUACUGUAUGUUGAACUUUUAAAUUGGUUGUGUGUGACUGAUGUGACUUUCAGGUGAUGUUUAAGGGUGUGCCUCCAGCGAUUUACUGAAAAUGUGAAAGAUUUCUAAACUCAUGUGGAAGUUUGUGUGUGUGUUCUGGUGUCCAGUUCAUGAUGAAAUAAAGCUCCAGCCUCAAGCCUG